ACUAAUAAGCAUAUAAUAAAACAUAUCAACAGAGUCAUCUUUCUAAACCACACGCAUAAUAUACAAUGAAAAUAAAGUGAUAGAAACCUCUAACACAAAAUAUAGUGAACUUCCUUCUCUAUCAUUAUAACCAUGGUCCCCAUAAAUUCUCUCAUCGACUUUCUUUAAAUUCCAAAAUCAAAAUCAAAAGCGAAACUUCCUGUACCAAUGAAAAAAAUAAGCCAAACUUUCUCUCUUCUAUUUCUCCACUCCAACGUUGGACCCGCGCCCUUCAUUCAAUAUUGUAUGAUUCUUCCUUUCUCAUACUUCAUUCUAUUGUGUCGUAUAAGUAGAAGUCGAUUGUCCUGUAGUUUAAUUCACAGAAGUAUUCCUGCUUCCAAUGCUUCUUUUCAGUUCUUUAGCCAAGUCCAUUUUUCAUACUAACACGUUUUCAUGCAUUGCAAUUCGAAACUCGAGAAUCUUUUCAUUCACCACUGCCACCAAUGGUUUUCCUUCUACUUCAUCUAUCUCCACAAAUCCUUUCACCAUCAUUAAAUCACACAAGCAUAUACUCUUCCACUACCUCAAUAAUCGAACUUUAGACCAAGCUCGUGCCUUUUUCGAUCAAAUCCCUUCCCCCCAUGUUUCCCUCUACACCAUAAUGCUCCAUGCUUACGCUAGCAACCACAGACUCCACGAAGCUAUCCACCUCUUUCGUCAAAUUCCCUUCAAGGACGUCGUUUCCUGGAACUCCAUGAUUAAGGGGUGUCUACAUUGCGGCGAUAUUGUCACCGCCAGGAAGUUGUUCGACGAAAUGCCGCACCGAACCGUUGUGUCGUGGACCACCCUCGUCGAUGGGUUACUGCGCUUGGGAGUUGUCGAGGAGGCUGAAGCCUUGUUUUGGGCAAUGGACCCUAUGGACAGGGAUGUGGCUGCGUGGAAUGCAAUGAUUCAUGGGUAUUGUGGUAAUGGUAGAGUUGAUGAUGCUUUGCGAUUGUUCCGCCAAAUGCCUUCUAAGGAUGUGAUUUCUUGGAGUUCUAUCAUUAAUGGGCUUGAUCACAAUGGGGAGAGUGAACAAGCAUUGGUUGUUUUUCGCGACAUGGUGGCUUCUGGUGUGUGUCCAUCUUCUGUUGGCUUGGUUUGUGGGCUGUCUGCUGCUGCUAAGAUACUGGCUUUUCACGUGGGGAUUCAAAUUCAUUGCUCUGCGCUCAAGCUGGGUGACUGGCGUUUUGAUGAAUUUGUUUCUGCUUCACUGGUUACGUUUUAUAGUUGUUGCAAACAGAUGGAAUCUGCGUGCUGGGUUUUUUGUGAGGCACUUUGUAAGAAUGUGGUGGUUUGGACAGCUCUAUUGACGGGGUAUGGUUUCAAUGAUAAGCAUCUAGAGGCGUUGGAGGUGUUCAGAGAAAUGAUGAGAAUUGGUGUGAUUCCCAAUGAGUCUUCCUUCACCAGUGCUUUGAAUUCUUGUUGUGGAUUGGAGGAUCUAGAGAGGGGUAAAGUGAUCCAUGCUGAGGUGGUUAAGAUGGGUUUGGAAAGUGGUGGAUAUGUGGGAGGUUCUCUUGUUGUUAUGUACAGUAAAUGUGGUUAUGUCAGUGAUGCAGUUUCUGUGUUUAAGGGGAUUAAUGAGAAGAGUGUUGUCUCGUGGAACACGGUCAUUGUUGGUUGUGCACAGCAUGGAUGUGGCAUGUGGGUUCUAGCAUUCUUUAAUCAAAUGCUGCGUCAAAGAGUUGAUCCAGAUGGAAUCACAUUAACCGGUUUGCUUUCAGCCUGUAGUCGCUCUGGUAUGUUACAGAAAGCAAGGUGCAUCUUCAGAUACUUUGGCCAGGAAAGGUCAGUUACACUUACGAUUGAACACUAUGCAAGCAUGGUGGAUGUGCUUGGCCGGUGUGGAGAGCUUGAGGAAGCAGAAGCACUGGUGAUGAGCAUGCCAAUGAAAGCAAAUUUAAUGGUAUGGCUGGCUUUACUGAGUGCAUGCAGGAAGCACUCCAAUUUAGAUGUAGCCGAAAGAGCUGCAAAUCGGAUAUUUGAAAUGGAACCUGAUUGUAGUGCUGCGUAUGUAUUGCUAUCAAACUUGUAUGCUUCUUCGAGCAGAUGGGCUGAAGUAGCUUUGAUACGUAAAAAAAUGAAGCAUAAUGGAAUUGUGAAACAACCAGGAUCCAGUUGGCUAACCUUAAAAGGACAAAAGCACAAAUUCCUCUCUGCAGAUAGAUCACAUCCUCUUACAGGGAAAAUUUAUCAAAAGCUAGAGUGGUUAGGAGUGAAGUUAAAAGAAUUAGGUUAUGUUCCAGAUGAACAAUUCGCUUUGCAUGAUGUAGAAACUGAGCAAAAAGAAGAAAUGCUGUCUUAUCAUAGUGAAAGGCUUGCGAUUGCAUUUGCGCUGCUUAGCACUGUGGAAGGCAGUACAAUAACAGUGAUGAAAAAUCUACGUGUAUGUGGGGAUUGUCAUUCUGCAAUAAAGCUUAUGAGCCACAUUGUUGACCGUGAGAUUGUAGUACGAGAUUCUAGCCGCUUUCAUCAUUUUAAGAAUGGCAUAUGUUCCUGUGGAGAUUAUUGGUAGGACAUUGUUCGUGAAAAAGAGUCUAAUUUAUUA